CAACUCACAAUCACAUACACCGAUGGCCGUACGAAAGACACGCUCAAAACGCCCUACACGCAGCUCGGACAACCGAAGAGUUGGUCUCCGUACCGUCCAAGCAGAGAGACUGUCGGAGCCGCCGGUCGCUCACCCCCAAGCGCCACCGCGGAUCUCGUGGGCGGACACCCUCGCCGCGUUAGAAAAAGAGCCCAUGGCAUCUCAAAUUCAACGGCAUAAACAAUGGAAACGAGAUGGGUCGAUCCACGAAACAUACUGUCGUGUUUGCUUCCGCGAGAAGAACCUGGAGCCAUGUCUGACCUGUCCACUGGUAUUCCACACCGAGUGUCUGCCGACCGGUUGGAUACGAGACACCGACCACCACGUGUUCUGCUCUGUCUGUGUCCGGCGCGAGUGGCAUAUCUCUCCUCCGACAUUGACACCUCCUGCCUCACCGCGACUGACGGGGGUAGAGACGUCUGAUGCAGCGCCCGUCGCCUCCCCUGCGCUCCACCACAACACUCUAUCUUCUACGCCGUUGCAUUAUACCGAUCUAACUAAUGGCAAACCGCCCAUCGUCUCCCCACUCCCCAGACACGGCGUCUUACCCCCACCCAACCCAGCCAACGACAACAUUAUCGCCUCAACCCAGAUUCCCGCGCCACACCCCGACCCAUCCCCCCCGCCAGCCCGCCGCAACCGCAAGUCCCGGUACACGAACCUCCCCGCCGACGUCGACGCCUCGCUGAACGUCCUCUACCGCGAGCUGGAGUCGAACGCGUCGCUGCGGCUCGAGAACGAGGACCUGCGCGAGGAGAAUCUGCGGUGCCAGCAGAUCAUCCAGAUCCGGGAUCUGAGCCUGACGGCGCUGCGGCGCGAGCUGGAGUAUCGCCGGUCGUCGGAGCAGGAAAUGGAGACGCUGCGCACGACGGCGGCGCAGCUCGAGAGCGCGAGGAAGGAAGUGCAGGAGCUACGGGCGCGGAAUGAGGCCCUGGAGACGGAGCUGGAGAGGUCGAGGCAGGAGGCGGCUGAGGCGAAGGAGAUGGUGAUUGAUUGGAAGGCGAAAUUGUCUACGCUGUUGGGGAGUUGACUUCAUACGAAAAUCACUAGGAUGUAUUAUGCGGUUGAGCGUCUGAAUUUGUAUAUCUAGACAUGUUCUUGGUUCACUGGGGAUAUCGCCG